CGUUGAGUAAAAAUCUGGGAAUCGAGAGCAAUCAGUGAAAACGGUGAAGAUGGCGCCGACUGGUGGUCGGGUGCAGAGUGUUAUAUUAUGUUUUAGUUUUUUGAUGGUUUUUCUUCAGUGUUCCGCUUACAGGAAAUAUAGUUUAGGGAAUGACAAGGUUUGUUCACACGUGAAGAAACAAACAAUUAAACUUCCUCCAGAAAAUGGAAUUUUAAUUACUGAACAGCGAACAUUUGAUAAGUGGUCUGGAUACAAAGAAUUUCGCUGUAAGUUUAAAGUUGAGCUUCUAGAUGAAGGAGAUUUGUUUGCGGUGAUACAAAAUGUAACUUUUAGAAAGGAUCCAGUUACUGGUGAAUGCAUCGAUUAUGUACAGCUCACAGGUGAUGAUAAAAAAAUGAAGACUGAGAAAAUUUGUGGGACUGUCAAUGCAAUAAAGCGUCUUUAUGGAAAUGCAGUACAAUCAUAUUCAGAUACCGUACCAAUAGCUUUUGUGGAUUCUGAUGGUGAAAUAUCAGUUGAAGUGUAUGUGGCUAAUGAGCCUCUAUCUUCAUACUCUGAGGAGCUUACAUUUUCACUGGCAUUCACACGUUCUGUUCCCUGUUCUUCUCGGAACGCUUUUGUUUGUGCAGAAGACAAGUGCAUACCUGAGGAAUUCAAAUCAGAUAGUAUAGUGAACUGCCCGUAUGGAAGUUGUUUAGAUGAGCACUGCACAUUUGGAGAGUACGAUGAUGAUGGACCCAAGGUGCCUAAGAGUGGACUAGGCACAAAGGUGGUGCUUGGUGCCGUUGCAACAGUGCUCCUGGCAUUUGUGCUGUUCCUUGUAAUCAUCUGGGUAUUACGACGGUGUCACAAAGCUUGCUGGAGUGCUCCGCACCAGCGAGUUCCAGUCUCAGCAGCUGAAUCGGGUGCACUUGCAGAACAUCUUGCCUACAAUCGGGGAAGUAGCCCUCUUGGUCGUACAUCGUCGAGUUCAGGACAUGCACAAUCUCAGUUUCCCCCCACAUCUGUGAUGGUUGAGUCUGUGGCUACUUUGCCACCAUCAGCACCUCCAGCACAUCUGGCAGCUGACAAAGACCUCCCACCAUCUUACGAGUCGCUCUUUCCAUCACGAUGAAGCAUGUGCAUUGACUCUGGAUGAGGUGAAUCAAAUUAAUCUAAGAAUCAAACACUUUCGCAUCUCAUGUUCUCAAAGCAGCAGUUUGAGACAUUGUAUGCCAUUUUUUUAUGAUCAUCAUGUCAGUUUCCUGUUAUCUCUCUUUCAUUGAUAUGUAUGAGGUUGCAACUUUGUGGUUAUGCUAUCUAGUUUUACAGAUAUGCUAUGAAGUUAGUUAUAGAAUAUGAAUUUUGAAUGUAUGGCCUUUAUAGCAUAUGAAGAAAAGAGGCAGCAUGUAAUCUGAAGUUUGUAAUGACCAGUUUUUCAGGAACAUUUAUGUUGGAGAUUAUGAAAUCUAUAUAAGGUGAUUCAGAAUUCCUAUUACAAGCUUGUAGGGGUUGUGGAGGAGCCUUAGUAGAUAAAGUUUUCGAAAGGAAUCAGUGCCCAGGAAUUCAGUGUUUGGUAGUAAAAUCAGUUUGAAGAGCAGAUAACUUCCAAAUCUUCAGCUGUUAUGGUAUGCACAGAAGUUGAGAAGAAGGCACUGUCGUCAGUCCCUGUUGUAAUUCUGACGCCACAUGACACCUUUAUCUGACUACAACAACGGCUAAAAGAAACUGGCACUUUUGAAAGUAGGAGGGUUGGCUGUGAUGUUCCGUGGACAUGCUGCACGUUCAACAUUGAGGAGGACACAGAUGAGAGCCCGAGGACAAGUACUCAAAAUAUUCAUGUGCUCCUACAGCACACAAAUCAGAACUCGUUAUCUCCGCUUUGUGUGUACCAUGAGGAGUGUAAGUCUCCUCUGCAACCCCUAGAAGCCUGUAAUAGGAAUUUUGAAUCACCCAGUAUUUAGCAUUGUGUACUUUUACUUGGGCACAAGUAUUAUAACUACUAAUAAUUCCUCGAUACAUGGCGGCCAGAAACAGUAAAUCAAUGGUUUAAAAUUGUUUCAGUCAAAAUGCUCUUUUUCAGUGUCUCAGAGACUCAGAAUCGUUUUUUAGCUUCGCUUUCGGUUUGUGAUCAUCCUUGAGCCCAGAUUGAAUAAUAUUUCUGCUUGUUAAAAUGUGUAAAAUAAAAUUUGCUGUGGUGUUAAUGUAAAUUGUAAGUUCGUUACACUUGCAGUGUUCAGCAGCUCAUGGCAUUUUCUUGGAAAUAUGAUCAAAUCAGUUGCAGAAACUUACCCAUUCUUUGACAAAUGUGCUGUGGAAAAACUCUUAUCCAAAUAUGUGGCUAAAUUGUGAUCUUGA